AUGUGUGUGUACCAGGUGGACGGUCGGGACUGGGCUCUGAACGGAAACACCAUCUCUCUGGACGAGGACACAGUGAUAGACGUCCCUGAGCCCUGGGACCAGACCCAGACAUACUGCGCCUCCCUCGGACACAAGGCUAACCACUCCUUCACCCCCAACUGCAAAUAUGACCCGUACGUUCACCCCCGCUUUGGGCCCAUCAAAUGCAUCCGGACCCUGAGGCCGGUGCACCAGGACGAGGAGCUGACGGUCGCCUACGGUUACGCCCACGAGCCGUCGGGGAAGAGCGCUCCCGAAGCCCCCGAGUGGUACAAACGGGCACUGCAGGAGUUCCAGCAGAGCGCUGGCCAAUGA